CAUGGCGACCUGUAAAUCAGGCAAGAGCCGACUCGUACCCACAGCACUGUGUAAAUUUAACCAGCGCCGUUGAAAAAGCUUAUUAGGAGUUGGCUGUUCACUUUCUCUGGUCAACCCUUCAAGUUGGACCCAAAGACGGCUCACAAGAAGUUACGUCUGUCCAACGACUGUCUGACCAUGGAGAAGGAUGAGAGCUCACUGAAGAAGAGCCACACCCCGGAGCGUUUCAGCGGCACAGGCUCCUAUGGCGCAGCUGGUAAUGUCUUCAUUGACAGCGGGUGCCACUACUGGGAGGUGCUGCUGGGAGCGUCGACAUGGUAUGCCAUCGGCGUGGCUUACAAAUCAGCCCCGAAAAAUGAGUGGAGCGGCAAGAACUCAUCCUCAUGGGUGUUCUCGCGCUGCAACAACAACUUUAUGGUGCGCCACGAUGGCAAGGAGAUGCUGGUGGAGGCUAGCCUGCAGCUGAGGCGGCUGGGUGUCCUGUUGGACUACGACAACAACUCACUGUCCUUCUAUGAUGCCAUGAACUCCCAGCACAUUCACACCUUCGAAAUCUCCUUCCUCCUGCCCGUUGUACCCACUUUCAUGAUCUGGAACAAGUCAGUCAUGAUACUCUCAGGGCUACCCGUCCCCGACUUUGUCGAUGGUGUGGCCUCAGAUCUCCAAGAGCAGCAACAUCAGCAGAUGGGCCUGUGCAGACAAGAGUCACCAUACUUGACCGGGAUGAAGUCCUGCCACUGAGAAAGGCCAACAAAUGGCCUUGCAGAGUCCACUCAGGCCCAGUGACUGAAAGGUCUAUUGGGAGCUGAAAGACACUGACAGCUUGACUGAGUCUAACCUCUUCAUUCAAGAGUGGACCAGUUACUUUAAUAUGGAUUUAGAAAAGUGUUGGAAAUAUGCACACCCGUCUGGAAAAAUGUCAGUCACCUUAGUUUGUAGCCAUCCAAUGCUUUACAAAUCCAACAGUGAAUGGGAACAAGGUCUCUUGACUGCAAACAUCAGUAGACCUGAAAUUCGUCUGAAGCCCUAGAGUCACUAAGGGCAGGGCUGGACAUCUCGUUUUCUAGACCAUUUAAGGUCUUCCUUUUUGAUUUAUUGUCCUCCUUAUUUGAUCCUAGGCAGAAGACCAAGAAGGGAAUGGUCAGCCUUUUACAGUUUGAAGUUACAACAUGUGAACAGUGAGAUUACUUAAUGUUUCACUUAUGGUAGAUUAAAACACAAAAAAUCCAUUGAAGAAUCAGCCUACUACAGACAUUUUAAUUUUAUUUUAAAUGUCCAUAUUUCUGUCUUGCGUGAUAUGUCAAGUGAACAAAAUUUGACAAAAACUAAAUUAAAUUGGACACAUUAUAGAUCAGAAUUAGCAGUUAAAGGAAAUGUUUCACUAUAUGGGAAAUACACUUAACAGUAUUUGCUUUCUUAGCAAGAGUUAGAUGAGAAGGUUGAUACCACUCUUGUGUCUGUAUGUUAAAUAUAAAGCUAGAGCCAGCAGGAAGGUUAGCUUAGUGUGGCAUAAAGACUGUAAGGUCUUGAGUCUGAUAGUUAAACAAAUGGGAUAUAAUGUGUAAUGGUGUGAACUUUUGAGAGCUUCACGGUGGAUUUUUACCUUUAGACAGAGCAGGACUAGCUAUUUCCCCUUGUUUCCAGUCUUUGAUCUGAGCCGCCUGCUGGCUACAGACGUGAGAGUGGUAUUGAUCUUAUCAUCUUACUCUCGCCAAGAAAGCGAAUAAGCGUAUGUCCCAAAACAUUUUUUCCUUUAAAUGUGGAUGUGUCUUCUUUGAGUCCACUUUAUUGUGUGAGCUACAUGCUAACACAAAUAUAUGCUAGCUGUGGACUUUUUGUGUUGCAUUACAACAGGGUGUAUUACAAAUCUUCUGGUGUCACUCUUCAUGUGUUGUACCCUCAGUAAUGUUUUCCUUGAUCUUCCUCCUAGAUUUGACGCAGCAGUCUUGUUUGUAUUGGCGUGUAGUUGCUUCCAGAUUUCAGGAAGCGUUUACGUUGCUCCCACAUAUAAAUAAGAUCACAGGGGGUAGGAUUUGCGUCAUGUGACUACUCGAUUUGUAUCAUAAGAGGUUUAUUGAAUAUUAGAGGAUAAGAUGUUAUUUAUGACAAAAAAGGAUGGUUUACUUUUAUUAUUAAUCUCAACAUAUUCAUGAUGCACUUUUUAAUUAACACAAUUUCCCCUCUAUGAGUAUGAAAGUAGAUGGAGCAAGGUGGCAGGGAUAUAAUGGGGAGGGAAAGUGACAGCUAGCACGACUGCUGGUUGUGUUCACUCCUCUAAAUAGCCUACAUCACCUUAUUUUCCUAUUCAUAUUUAGAAGAUGAUUUAUGGUCAAUAAUGAUGGUUUGCGGAUAUUUUACUAUAGCAAAGUCUAUUGUGAAAAAACUUUGCAAUAAAACAGAGGUCCCUGCUGGUGAACUUAUGAAGUUAAAAAGGUUUUUUGACUGCUUUGAACACAACCAGUGACUUUCCCUCCCCAUGACUCUUUUCGAUAGCGUAUAGUAACUUCAUCUUGUUUUGAAAAGGGAUAUGAUUAUGAUGAUAUUCCUACGAUUUUUAUCAUGAUGAAAUGAUUAUAAACUAAUCUUCAUUCUGUUGUCAACUUUUCAGGGAAGGAGGGGGUUAACACUUUAACUUGCUGUCUGUCGCAAUGUCAUGGCAUGAUUGUGUUUUCUUCUGUGAUUUCUUAACACACACACAUGCACAUACACACACAAAGCAUCGCACACAUCAUGUUUCGUUUAGGUUGGCCUUGUCGUGAUAAAUGCAUGAAACAUUGUAUCCCACACCGGUUCACUGGGUAAUUUAAGUAGCUUUUUCAAUGUCACCAAAUCUUGCUUUUCAUCAGAUACUGACUCACCUGCACAUUUGCUUACAACAGAUUUGACCUCAAACUCUUUUUGUCACCCAUCACAAUUCAAAUAACAGCUGGAUCCAUUGUUUGGGGGGUGGGAUUUGAAGGCCUUGUGUGGGUGACAGUUUGAUAUUCAGGUAGUGACUCUGAUUCAGACAAUCAAAUAUGUAUCAUAGUUUAUGCAGAUUUUAAGAGGUUGUGUAGCAGGAAACAGGGAUUGAAGUGAAACUUCAACAGAUUGUGUUGAAACAAGCAGAUGUUUUACAUACCAUCUUGUUAGAUUCGACAUGAAAAACAUGACACUUCAUGGCCAUUUUACACAUCACCAGGUAUGCACUUAAUGUUGAAUGUCAUGUAACAUUUGUAUUGACGGACUAUGAUUUGCUAGACUUGAAAACACAGUCAUACCCUGUAAACACACACUGAUUUCUAUGAUUUGCUAGAAAACAUGAUUACUUAUUGAUGAGUUAAAGCAAAGAUCCAGUGAUGUAAAGGAAAAAUCUGACAACCCACAGCCUCCCAGUGUACCUUUCAACCUGCAGUGUUCUCAAAGGCAACUGUGUGAUGCGUCAGUCAUGAUUGUUUGAUGGAGGUAUAGAUUGCCUGAGCGCUACAGGCAACAGAAAUAAUCCACUGGUCAAAGGUAGCACAGGAGGAGUCUCCAGUAUGAAAGGAAGGUUAUUCUGUCAGGGAGAUUAGUGAAUGUUACCUGACUUCCAGAUAUCCACCCAUCUUUUUGAACAAUGUCGGUCACAGUCUUGAAACAGCCAUGUGUUGAUUUGUGAUCCAGAAUGACAAGCUCAACUCAUCUGUGCAAGUGUGCUUGGCUGGGUCACUGCAUGAUUAUGUGACCUUGCUGCAGGUUCAUAACUCCUUCCUUAUCUUCAUGAUGGGGUUUCUUAUCUUGUGUCAAACAUAUAUUUUUUUUAUUUUUUUUUUUUUGUUAAUGGAAAAAAAAAACGUGACACUCAGACACGAAAUGUUCAUUGACGCGCAUAUCAGAUAGUUUGCAGUGCUCUUUCUUUCUUUGUGUCACAAGUCAAUACAGUAAAAUAUAUACAGUGAAUGAUUUUCAAUAGCUACCCACUUCUUGUAGUGCAGUGUAAUACCCUAGAGACAAUGCAAUAGAUUCUCCUUUUUGCUUUUCUGUUUGUGUAACUUGGGAAGUUAUUUUUUACAGCUCAUGAGAAACACGCUCCUCUCCCUUUGGCAUUUGGACCUUGAUGAACAGCACAAAAAGAGCAGCAUUGCAUUCAAGCAAGGCUUUCUGUUUCCAUAGACAUGAGAGAUACUUUUAGCCAGAGAGGAAUGUAAAUCAUAGGGGGAAAUAUAUAUUAUAUAAAGUUGUAUAAUAUACAAAAUAUAUAUGAAACAAUGUUAUUUAUGUGAAUUUAAGUCCAAUUAAAAGUCUGAUCCUAAA